AUGGAUAAUCAUGUAGAAGAAGCACCAACCGAAUCAUUAACGGAAAACCGAAAAACCCAGUUUCUAUUGACGGUGGUGCCCUCUUCCUCCUUCGGAACAGAGUCCGGCGCCGCCGUCGACGUUCAUGGCACACCGAAGAGCCCGUUCAUGACCCGAAUCAUGAUGGCGGCUGACAGCCCGGUUUUAAAGGCGGUUAGAAGUAUGAGAAUGUAUUUGGAAGAAGUCGGACUACCCAAACUCAACCCGCAAGAAGCAUGGCUUCCAAUUACAGAAUCCAGAAACGGGAAUGCUUAUUAUGCAGCCUUCCAUACACUUAGCUCCGGUAUCGGAAUUCCAGCUCUUCUUCUUCCCAUAGCUUUCACCGCCCUUGGAUGGAUAUGGGGGAUAUUUAGCUUGUGUUUGGCGUUCAUAUGGCAAUUGUACACUUUAUGGUUAUUAAUUCAACUCCAUGAACCCAUUCCCGGCGCCGCCGUUCGCUACAGUCGCUAUCUUCAGCUUUCCAUGGCCGCCUUCGGUGAAAAGAAAGGGAAAUUAAUGGCUCUGUUUCCGAUCAUGUAUCUAUCAGGAGGAACAUGUGUAACACUUAUCAUAAUAGGAGGUGGGACCCUCAAGAUCUUCUUCGACGUCAUUUGCGGCGGCGCCGCCUCUUGCGACAAUCUCCACCACCGUCUAUCCACUCUCGAAUGGUACAUCGUCUUCACCUGCGCCGCCAUCCUCCUCGCCCAACAUCCGAAUCUCAACUCCAUUGCCGGAGUUUCUCUAAUCGGCGCCUUUUCCGCCGUCACGUUCUGUACCCUGAUAUGGGUCGUCUCUGUUUUAAAAGAUCGACCCGCCGGAGUGACGUACGGAUUGUUGCCGGAUAGCACGAUCUCCGAGGUGGGUAGGUUCAGAAAAGUGCUGAAUGCGUUGGGAAUCAUUGCGUUCGCUUUCAGAGGUCAUAAUCUGGUUCUUGAAAUUCAAGGAACAAUGCCAUCGAGUUCUUUAAAGCCAUCUCGUGUUCCGAUGUGGAAAGGAGUGAAAUUUUCUUAUCUCAUAAUCGGCAUGUGUUUGUUUCCUCUUGCAAUCGGAGGUUACUGGUCGUACGGCCAACUGGUACCAUCAGAGGGAGGGAUGUUGAUAGCUUUAGUCAAAUACCACAAACAGGACACUUCAAGAUUAAUCCUAGGACUAGCGAGCUUACUGAUUGUGGUUCAUAGCUUGAUGUCUUUCCAGAUAUAUGCGAUGGUUGUUUUUGACAACUUAGAAAUGAGAUACACGAGCAGGAAGCAGAAGGCUUGUCCGUGGUGGGUGAGGACGGGACUGCGUUUGCUGUUUGGUGGGUUUGGUUUGUUUAUAUCGGUGGCGGUUCCGUUUCUGCCUAGUUUGGCUGGAUUGAUAGGUGGGGUGGCGUUGCCGGUGACGAUGGCGUAUCCGUGUUUGAUGUGGGUUAUGAUGAAGAAACCUGAUAGGUUUAAUGGAAUGUGGUGGUUCAAUUGGGGUUUAGGAGGGUUUGGGAUACUUUUAAGUGUUUUGGUGCUUUGUGGGGCUAUUUGGACUAUUGUGGCGGAUGGAAUAGAUGUUCACUUCUUCAAACCCCGUUAAUCAAUCAAUAAUUUGUCCAUUAAAUUAACCUCACUUUUUGUGUUUGUGUGUGU